CUGACGACAUCAUACCUCUACAAUUCAUAGAUACCUAUAAUUUUGUCAAGAAUGAGUUUUACUUUAUAAUGACCUCGUGCUUGAACUUUUCAAUAAACAACUCAGACUUAAUUAGUUUUAAGCUCAUUGACAGGGGUUUUUUUUUUGCAUUUCGAGACAAAAUAGUAAACUGAGUUUUGUUAAGAUUAGUUAAAUAAUUUUGAUUAUUUUUUUUAAAAUGAUUUAGUUGUAAUAAAAUGUCAACAAAGAUAGUUGAUCUUUAUGAACGUAAAAUUGCAAUUCUUAUUGAAGAUCUUUGUUUGUGGGUUUUAAGUCAACCACAUCUUAAUUCUCGUAUUGAUGAUGAAUUUCUUCGUGGAUUUUUAAGGUCAUGUCGAUAUGAUUUAAAUGAGACGAAAAUUCAUUUAGAUACAUUCUACACUUUUAAAAAUACUAUACCAUCGAUUUUGACAGAACGAAAUGUUAACAAAAAAAUUCUUGACAUAUGUCAAAUGGGAAUUUCAGUUUUUCUACCCGUAUCCCUAAAUGACAAAGAUGUUCGAUUAAACUUUACUAAAUAUCCACUACUGCCAAGGUCCAGUACAUUUACCUAUGCUGACGUCAUAAAACUUUUCUUUAUGCUUGCUGAAGUCAACAUGAUCGAAUCUAGGAAUUCGGAUCCUCAAGCUGCCGUAGUUUAUGUUAUUGAUUUGGAUAAAUCAACCUUCAGACAGAGUCUCAAAAUUGAUAUCAGUUUUUCAAAAAAUAUAUCUCAAUUUAUUCAGAACGGACUUCCACUCCAAAUAGACGAAGUGCAUUUUAUAAAUGUGUCUAAAUAUUUCAAGUGCAUACUACGAAUGGCUUGCUCGUUUUUAAACGCGGAUUUAAAGAAAAAGUUUCAUGCACACAGUUCUAUGGACACAUUUUACAAAUAUGUACCACAGGAAUUUUUGCCAAUUGAAUAUGGAGGUAAAAAUGGAAACAUAGCGACAUGUAUUAAGAGACAAAUGGAAAGUCUUGUAAAGUUUGAACAAUAUUUCGAGGAAGAUGUUAUGUAUGGAGUUAAUGAAUUUUUAAGAAGAAAGUAAAAUUCAAAUUAUUAUCUAUUGUUUUUUUUUUUAGUGUUAAGAAUAUGUUACUGCGU